CACACGGCAAAUCACCUCCGGUAUCCGUAAAUCUCAAACAACGAGCAUCCACCCGUCAUAAUGCAUGGGAUCUGGAUCGGGAGCAACGGUUCUCGGAGAGGUAUUCACCUGAGAUAGAUACAGCUCCGUUGACAGACCAUGGACCCGAUAAGCUUUGCGAUCACCAUUGCGUCUGUUGGUCCCAUUUUUCAAACAUGCCUUGCUGAAUACGAAUGCAUCCAACAGGUGCUGUCCACGGCAGAUUCAGCCAGCGGUAUGGACUUGGGGUUUCGCAUCCAACGGAUGCGCUUGCAAUUGUGGGGCAGGAGCAGAGGCGAUAUACCGCUAUCUUCCUUCCUGCCGAUGGACACUCGACGGCAAUUCACACCCGCUAUUGGGGUUUGUUUAUGCCCUCCCCCUCGAUGCAGCUCCAUCGCCGCCCAUCAGUCUCCGAACGAUCAUCGAUCUGGCAUAUCAGUCCAACGAACCGCCGAGCCCGACCCUGGAUGACCGAUUAAAACUCGCUACCACCCUCUCAGUUGCCCUGUAUCAGCUUCAUUGUGCCGGUUGGAUUCAUCGGAAUAUAUCGGGCUAUAAUGUGAUCUUCUUUCAAAACCAACAGGGCCAUCUUGAUCUGACACGACCGUACUUCAGCGGUUGGCAAUACGCCCGACCGGA